UACAACNUAACAGAACUCUCUCAGUCGAGUAACAUGCGGUUCAUGCAGUUCAGGGCUCACGACAAGUACGCCCUUCAUCUAAGCAAAAUGGAAAAGAGGGAAAAGGAGAGAGGCUCGCACAUAUCGUACAUGUUUCGAUUGCCCUUCGCUGCUGGCAGUGUUUUUAGUGCCUCCAUGCUAGACACACUCCUGUACCAAGCAUUCGUCAAAGACUACAUGAUAACGUUCGUCAGAUUGCUCUUAGGCGUGGAUCAAGCGCCAGGCUCCGGCUUUUUAACAUCGGUAAGAAAUCUUCAGUCCAUUUACCAGGGCGACUCAGACGCAGAGAGCGACGCCGGCGUCGGCGUGACGUACAAGGUGCGUCAUUCGGCGGCAGCCUCGUGCCUUGCGAAUUGCGCGACGCGCGACAAGGGUGCAUCAGCCUACUCGGUGAGCCUCGGGGACGAGGCGCGGGACAACCACGCUCAGCAAAUCGAGAGGGCGGAGAUCGCAAACCUGGUCCGUUCACGGAUGGAGUCCUUGAACCUGCCGGUGGCCGAUUACGACGACGUCUCGGAGAAGCGUAACAGCCUCUCCUACGUCAUAAUCAACCCAAGUUGUGACCUGAAGCUCGAAGAGGGCGAUAUCAUUUACUUAGUCCGACCAAGCCCAUUUUCAGCGCAGAAGACGUUCGAGCGGCACAACUCACGGCGGAAGAGCAACAUCAGCUUCUGUUCCGCUCAGCUGGUGUCCCAGGUGGCUUCAGCCGGGUUACCGGGCGCCGGGCCAGGAAGCCGCCGCGGUUCGGGCAUCGGCCUGCCCCGAGCGCCACCAUUGAGCAACACGAAGUCGAACUCUCUGUCCCUGCCGGACAGCCCGACUGUGGCCGGUGCGCUUCGAGGACGAUCGAAUUCUCUGAGAGUCGUCGACGACAUACUCCUCAGGCGCAGUAACUCGUUGCGGCAAGGUUUGACGGGUAUCAGUAGGAGAAAGAGCAGCCUGGAGGACAUCGGUUUGGCCGCCCUGUCGUACCCGUCGAAUCACAACCCGAUUAAAAUCGCGUUGAACGGAUCUAUCGGGUUAGAAGUGACUCCGCCUGAGGAGGGUUCGCUGACGGGUGGUGCCAGUAACACAGGGAUCCUGGACGUCGGUCUCCCUUCGAUGCCGGAGUUGACCGCUGCUCUGAGGUCGAACAUGGACCCGGUUCUAGGCGGAUCUCUCGGUGGACUGUACGACCCGCCGAGUCUGCCGGGUCCGAUGGGCCCGCAGUCGCCGCAGAUCCAAUCUGGCACGCAGGACCCGCAACAUAUACAGGGGACGAUCGUAUGAUAUAACCUUAUGUGGGGACGCAGGCUCUCCGGCGUGGUUCGAAACAAAUGGCUGUAGCGUUCCCACAUGACACGUCAAGAUCACACGGCGCGGUGCUGCCGGGGUCACUUCAAUCAUCGACGAUUUUGGUGGGAUUAGUAUUUACGGAGUCUCGCGAAGGGGAGAUGUCGCGGAGGAGGGCCGGAGAGCGAGUCGUUUCUUUCAGUGAGAGUGUAUGAGAAAGGGGACUGUACUUGCUGCAGUGGACAGGUUCAAAACGAAUUUUUUACUAUGUUCCACUUUCGGUAGUUUCAGUUUAGCUUAGCGGCGUGGUUCGAUCGAACCGUCGGGGACCUAACGCGGUAUCGUAGAGUCGUGACUGUGAUACGAUAGAACGCUGAAUUCCUUCGUUUCGAGCUCUAGAGUGAAGCUGGACGGUUAUUUCUCGGACAAAUUAUUAUUAUUAUUAUUAUUUGAACGAGUCGUUCUUCCUCUGCAAGAGUUUGAUGAUUCCUUCUGUUACUAUUUUACAAAGUGUCCAAAAACUAAUGUAAGAUAUUGAAAUGGGAGGUUCCUGACGUAAUUUUAAACAACAUUUUUUUUAGCGAAAAAGU